AUGGUCAUCGAUGCUCUUCGCUCUGUCUCAACCAUGGUUCAGUCGUGGAUGGGUUCUUCAGGAGGCAGCGCUUGCCUCUACGGCAAUGCUUUGGGCACAUAUUCAAAGUUCCAGCCACUCGCCAGCAACGGCGUGAACGUUCAUAUGUUCCUAUAUUUGCGACGUUUUCCACAAGAAGCGGAACCUUACGGCGUCCAGCGGCCCCAAGGAUCGGAACUCAUCGACAUCCUCCGGAACGCCCCCGGAAUCGGAAUGACGCAUUCGAAGGCUAGGAUCUUCGCUUUCCUUGCCCUGGAACAUUACUGUCAACCAGGUCAGGCAGGGCCCAAGUCUCGCUCAAACUAUUUGAUGCAACCAGACUACACAAAAUCAACAGCAGAGGUCUUCACGGAGUUCGCACGGCAGCAUAUCCUGCGCAAUGGUCUUCGAAUUCUUCAAUACGGUCAUCCAUACGAUCCUGAGGAUCUUACUACGACGGACCCAAUGCCCUCUUGGGUACCUCGCUGGGGCCGGCCCGUGAAGUACAUGUUCCCAAACGCCUGGGGUCAAAAAGCUUUAGGACCAAGUUCCGGGUUCACGGGAAAGCUGGUGCGGGAGAUGAGAGGGGGCACCCUUGUGGUAACGGGCGUCAUACUCGAUAACAUGCGAUUUGCGUCUCAAGCUAUGAGUCUGGAAGGAGAUCUUGACGAUGUAGCAUCUCUCUGGCGGACGAUAAAGGAUAUUCCUUGGGAAGAGACACAUCCGGGGGAAGCACGACCUAUUUUGAUGCUUGAAUCUCUGUGCGCAGGCCACGCUUCACGAGACAUGGAGGUGACUGCCUGGCCCGCCGCGCGAGGAGCGGUUGCCCAGUUUCUGACGAGCAGCUGUCAAUUGCCACCAGAGGACUUGGCGGAGAAAGUAUUCGACAACAUAAAGAUGUAG